AUGAAAGAACAAGGUGAAACAGAAGCAAAUGUUAGAGUCCUUCGUAGUCGCACCAUCUCAUUGUCAAUACCCAAACAUCGUGAAUCUUCAGGAUCGACUCCACCAGCGAAAAUUUGUUGUCAUCGACAUACUGCCUCGGCUUUUUCUUCGUCAAGUAAAAUCGAUCUUUCUAUUCAUCAGGCAUUGCCUCCUCAGAAGAAAAGACAUUCUGGACAUCGGAAGAUUAUUCUUUCGGAACAAGGAAAAGAUUUAAUUAGAGUUGAAUUUCAUAAAUUAAUUCAAGAAAAAGUAUACCCAACCUCUGAGAAAUUGUUGAAAAGAUUGAAUGAGCAAUAUGAAGAUUUUCCUAUCCGUUCUGCAAGUACGUUGCGCAAGGAAAUUAAAAGUAUUGGCUUCAUUUUUCAACGAACAUCAAAAAUAAAAAUUCCGUUAGAUUCACAAGCUUUUGUAGCAGCAAGAGCAAAAUAUUUUCAAGCUCUUGAAGAAUUACGAGAAGCAAACGUUCAUUUGUAUUAUCAUGAUGAAACGUGGUUGAACCUUCGAGAGGUCAAAAGAUUAAUUUGGACUUUAGAAGGCAAAGGAGAAAUCAAAAAGGAGGAGGAAAAGGUAAGACCUCGUUUGGCGGUAUCUGCACUUAUAAGCGUUAAAGGUUAUCAUAUUCCAUCAGUUGAUAUUUGGUCUUGUACUGAAGAGCAUAAUAUGGAUUCAACACAUUUUCUUUCGUGGUUAGAUUCAACUUGUGCGACGCUAAGAGAUGAGAUUGGUGAAAAGGGAAGAAUUGCUGUUUGUUUGGACAACGCAACAUGGCACAACACACUCACAAAAGAAUCAAUCAUUCCAAAGCGUUCUUCAACAAAAGGAGAAAUUCAAAAAUGGCUUCAAGAUCGAAAAAUUCAUUUUCCAGAAAAAUUUGUUAAAGCUCAAUUAUUACAGCUUGUAUGUGCAAACUGUCCACGUAAAGAAUAUAUGAGCGAUCGUAUUGCAAAAAAAUACGCUGUAGAAAUCAUUCGCCUUCCAAAACUAUACUGUAGUCUUAAUCCAAUUGAACUCUCAUGGAAUAAUCUUAAACAGUUUGUUCGUGAUCAAAAUACAACUUUUCGUCAAGAUGAUAUGUAUAAAACAGCAGAUAAAAUAAUGGAAGAAGAAAUCGAACCACAUAUGCAAUCUGACAGUGAAGAAACAGAUUCUGAAGACGAUGAGGAAAAUGUGGAACAAUAG